AUGCGCCCCACUCAGGCAGUUUUCCGUGCCAUCGGUGCUGGCAUUCACCAUGCUCGCAGUGUGAACAUGCCUGAUGCUCGAAACAUGCUCGCAUUGAAAGAUCACGUUUACUUUGCCAAAGCUACUGCCGAAGGAUCCGGUCGUAAUGGUAUUGUUAAAUCCGUCGGCGACUCGCCCCUUGAGCUCAAGAUGGCCACUCCAAAGAUCAUUGGUGGCAAGGGAGAUGGAUGUAAUCCCGAACAACUUUUUGGUAUGGGCUAUGCCUCUUGUUUCCUUGGCUCGCUGCAGCUGAUGGCAGCGCGGGCAAACAAGAAGCAUAUUGCGGAGAACGCGAAAGUGCAUACAAACGUUUUCCUCGGCCAUCCAGAGGACCCCAAUAUCGAAGGAUUUGGUCUACGAGUGGAUGUCACCAUCGAAGGUUGCGACGACGACGAGGUCAUCAACGCCGCACAUGAGUUCUGUGCGUACAGUCGUGCUCUGCGAUAUGGUGCUCAAGUGACGAUAAACAAGAUGUGA